AAACUCUAACAUCCACUAUAACCAUCUUUUUCUCUGACUCUCUAAUGUCCCACCAUUGCCUUUGGCUUUCCCAUAAUUUAAAUUAUUUUAAACAUUAAAAAAAAUGAUACCUACAACUCCACUCUUCAAUUCCUCAAAGUUCCUUUUUUUCAUGUAUACUUUGAAAUGUCCCAUUAGAAAUUAAACAUCACCAUAUUUUGUCUUACAACAAGUCAACAAGAAGAAGAAGCUGGAUUCAGGGAAAGGCCACACCACGAGGGGUGCCACGUAGGUGGCCUACCCUGAACCAAUCCGUUGUUGAUAAUGGACUAAAAAAUUAUAGAAUUCGCGAGGACAAUGUUACUAAUUUGAUUCAAUUGAUCACUACAUAGUGUUAAUAAGUUGUUAAUAUUUAACCAAAGAUGCAAACACCAAGAUUCAAUCUUGAAGUUGAGGCCUUGUUUGAAGAUGACUCCGAUAUUACUAGCCAAGUCGCAUCUAACAUAUGUGUGGGUGAGACGUUCACGGACCCUCCCAAGAACAGAGUUAUAGAUUUCACACAGUUAAGUUCAGAACACGUGUCACUUGACUUGUCUCUUAGCCAGGAUUCGAUAGGCGGUUUUUCAGUAUCUAGCACAAGUGAAAGCAGCAAUGAACUUGCAACUACACAAACAUCGGUAUCAGGACCGGGGUUUCAACGAGUUUUUAGUUGUAACUUCUGCCAGAGGAAGUUCUAUAGUUCACAAGCACUUGGUGGACAUCAGAAUGCACAUAAAAGAGAACGAACGCUAGCUAAACGUGCUAUGAGAAUGGGCGUUUUCUCUGAAAGGUACGCUAACUUGGCGUCUUUACCUUUACAUGGAUCUACAAUAAGGUCUUUAGGGAUCAAAGCUCAUGCUUCAUUACACCAGAUGUCUGCACCAGCAAUUAGGCCACUCGAUUUUAAAACGAGUGCAAGGUUUGAGUAUGGUAAUCGCCAGAGUCCACCUUUGUACAUGGAAAAUGAUGAUCAAUUAGUACUAUGGCCUGGCAGUUUCCGUCAAGUGACGAAUCCUGGUACCUCUCACACUAAUUUUUCACUUGAUGGAUGUUCAAAUAUGACAUUGACUCCAUACGUCGAAAAAGAUGAACCAAUUGCACCAGAUCUCACUCUGAGGCUUUGAGAUAUUUGACAGCAAAUAGCCAAACAUCAUUUAGCUUUCUUGUUUCUAUUUGUACAGUGAAAUAUAUUCUACUAUGUGUGGAUACUAUGCACAAUGCCUGCUUAGGCCCUAUGUUGCUCGGACUCUUCAAAAACAUGUUGUCUGGUGCUUGUCGAAUCCGAUACUGGUGCUGCAACAUUUUUGGAGAGUCUGGACAACAUAGUUCAGACCAGUGUGAUUUGAACAUUACAGGAUUGUUUUACAAUUUGAAUGUAUUAGUUAUGACUUGUAACGGUUAUCAUACUUCGUAUUUUCUCCUUCUAUGACUGUAUAACUUUUUUAAGUAUCGACAACUAUAACUCUCUGUGUGUUGAUGUCUA